CCAGCCGGUGCUGACCAGCUGUUCGAGCUGGUUCAUCCUCUCCCCGGCCCACAAUCGAUCCGUUGUCCACGCCGCGAUCCACCGCGGCGAGUCCCUCUCGAUCAUUCAUCCCGCGAUCACCGAUCAUCAUGAGUUCGGAGCUCUGACCGGCAGGAUCGGCGCGCAGACUACGCCACGCGAAAAUCGUGCCGGACUUCUUCUUUAUUACACGGUGCUGCAGCGAUGAAUCAUGCCCGAAGGAAGUGUAGCGCAGUUUCUGGAUAAUCGCGUCGCGAGGCUAACCUUAAUCGUUCGCGAUAAGAGGACACGGUAGAAAGCUACGCGGCGCACGCAUUGUUUCGCGCGAUCAGACUGGGCGGCCUCAGAAAGCUGAAUGGAGACACCGGUUAUUAGACAAUUGCAGAUCCUUGGAUUGAUCUCGCUAUGGCUGUUAAUCGUCGCGGUGCCUGGCGAUCUCGCGUCCUACACCAUCGGGGUGGGCAGGGCUGACACCACUGGACCCACAGCCGAAGUUGUUUUCAUGGGCUAUGCGAAAAUCGAUCAGAAAGGAUCAGGACUCCAUCUGCGGACAUUCUCCCGCGCGUUCAUCAUAGACGAUGGCGAGGAGAGGUUCGUCUUUGUCAGCGUGGAUAGCGCGAUGAUAGGAAAUGGCGUCCGCAAAACGGUGCUGGAGAAACUACAAACUCAGUUCGGCAGUAUGUACACCGAGAAGAACGUGAUGAUCAGCGGGACGCACACGCACUCGGCGCCGGGCGGUUUCAUGCAGGACAUGCUAUUCGACCUCACGACCUUUGGGUUCGUUAAAGAGACGUUCGACGCGAUGGUCGCUGGCAUCGCGAGGAGUAUCGAGCGAGCGCACAACAACGUCGUGUCGGGGAGGAUCUUCAUCACCCAAGGCGAGGUUCUCGGAGCUAACAUCAACAGAAGUCCCGCGGCGUACCUAAAUAACCCGCAAUCCGAGAGAGACAGGUACAAGUACGACGUGGACAAGACGUUGACGCAGAUACAGUUCGUCGGCGCGGACAACAAGCUCCUCGGCGUGAUCAAUUGGUUCCCGGUGCAUCCCACCAGCAUGAACAACACGAACCACUUGGUGUCCAGUGAUAACGUCGGCUACGCCUCGAUUCUUUUCGAGAAAGCGAUGAACAAAGACAGCUUGAUCGGCAAGGGUCCUUUCGUGGCAGCCUUCGCCUCGACGAACCUGGGCGACGUUUCACCGAACACUCGAGGUCCAAGAUGCGAGUUCUCGGGCAAUAAGUGUUCGGAGCAGUAUACUUGUCCUGGUAAGAAGGAGAUGUGCUUUGCCUCUGGGCCUGGAAAGGACAUGUACGAGAGCACCAGCAUCAUAGCCAACAAGAUCUUCAAGGAAUCGUGGCGGCUGUGGCAGAGCGGGAACGCGAAGGAGGUGAUCGGACCUAUCCGCGUAGUCCAUCAGUUCGUCAAUAUGCCCGAACAGACUGCCGAAUUUUACAAUGAGACCACGAAGAGACUCGAAGAGGUGCACGGCUGUCUGCCCGCAAUGGGGUACAGUUUCGCGGCAGGAACGAUCGAUGGGCCAGGAUCGUUCGCAUUCGAGCAAGGCACGACCACGGCCAAUCCCCUGUGGAACGCGGUUAGAAACUUAUUGGCGGUACCCACGCGGGAGGAUAUCAAGUGUCAUGGCGCGAAACCGAUUUUGCUCGCCACUGGACGCAUGACUCUGCCGUACGAAUGGCAGCCGUCAGUGGUGUCGACGCAGGUCGCGCUGAUCGGGAACGUAGUAAUCGCCGGUGUGCCGGGAGAGUUCACAACAAUGUCCGGAAGAAGAUUGCGAGAGGCUAUCAAAACGGUCAUGAACGAAGUGUUGGACGACGAAACCACCGUCAUAGUCGCCGGCCUCUGUAACACUUACAGCGAUUACAUCACCACGCCAGAGGAAUAUCAAAUUCAAAGAUACGAGGGCGCAUCCACGAUAUAUGGACCCUACACGCUCUCCAUCUAUCUGAAACAGUACACAGAGCUGGUGACAGCUGCUCUUUUCAAAAGAAAUGUAGAUCCUGGUCCACCGCCAGCCAAUUUUUCCAACAAGAAUCUGCUCACUUUCGUGACACCGGUGCUUUUCGACACCCCAAAGUGGGGCCGGAAUUUCGGCGACUGUAUCAAGCAACCGCAGAAACUGGCGAGACCCGGUGACACGGUCACAGCUGUUUUCAUUUCCGGUCACCCGCGUAACAACCUGAUGACAGAGAACACGUUCCUGACGGUCGAGAGGCUGACGAAAGACGAAGUGUGGGUGCCCGUCGCGACAGACGCAAACUGGGAAACCAGAUUCGAAUGGCAGAGGACGUCAGUGGUUCUCGGCUCGAGUCAAGUGACAAUUACGUGGCAAGUCCCGGAGGACAUCAAACAGGGUGAAUAUCGUAUCAGGCACAACGGCUACUACCGGUACAUCCUCGGCGGCAUUUUUCCUUAUUACGGUGUAUCGAACCAUUUCAAGGUGGAGACUUCUGGGCAAAGGUUCUACGAGUAACCGUGUCGAUGUCGAGCCGAAUGAAAUACUUACGCUUAAUUCCUCGCUGGAUUGGGAUUGAUUCAGCCACGAUAAGGCCAUACGAUAAGAGUUCCAAACUCGAGUUUUCCAUUGUACAGUGUUGUAUAUUGAUCUCCUUGUAACUGUCGAUCCAGUGAUCGACUUGGAUGGCGUAUUUUUUAGGCAAAAGAGAGGUAUAUUAACGAAAAUUGUGAUUGUAUAUUCGAAGAAAAAAUAAACGAUGAUCCAUUGUUACCU